AUGGAGCAGUUUAUAAUCGGCCCCGUGAGGGAAUCGCCAUCUGGUAGCGCGAGUGAGGAGGAAUACUUGUUGCCCCGGUCGAAAGGCGAGAAGUUCGACAGGCAGCUUUCGCUGCAAACGCCACUCGCCCGAGUUGGAAGUGUUCCUACUUUGCAGAGUCCACAGAACAGGGGCCGACAGUCACGGUACCUGCAGCGGAAGAUUUCGCGGCUGAAAGCACGGGUAGAACGGAAGUGCCUAGUUGCCGGCGAACUGGCUCGGCCGCAGGACUUGGGCGACGAAGGCGCCCUAACCCUAAAGCGAAGCACGACCCUCAUGCAGCAUGUGGCUGCACGGAGCAGAGCCUUCAUCGCAUACGAGAUCUCGAAGAAGGGACUCGACGAGGCUGUGUUCCAGAUCUACGAUCUGCUGACAAAGAUCCACCAACACAGCAAGAAGCCAGAGGCGGAAGAGCUGGCUCUCGGAGCCGUCAAGGUGCGCGACGUUCGCCUGUUUCUUUCGGCGGGAAGCGACGGCUCGUCCAUCAUCACGCGGCGAAACUGUCUUUUGGUGUCGUUGCCCUACGUGCGAAUCGUUAUCUUGCAUGGCUUGGUGUACAUGCUGCCAAUAGGGCGGGGGAAUUUUCCUCGCGAGGCACGGAAGUUCGAACAGACUGAGUGGCGUUGCGAGCUACUGAGACACGGUUUGUUGAGCAGAGACGACGAUGACGAAAACGGAAAGCUGAACUCCUCGGGUGCAUCCCUUAUCGAAGUCACCGCACGAGGUGGGUCGUCUGGCUCGAGCGCCGCAGUCGGAGACGCAGGUUCUGUCCAUGACAUGUCACCGCCAACAGAAAUCGAUUCCACUCUUCUGGAGAAGCUGGAACAACUCGUUUCUCUCGAGUCGUCCACACCGUUUGAAUACCUGGCGCUGGAAACCGCCAUUGUCCAAUCCCUGGAUGUGUUGUCCAGGCAGAGUCGGGAAAUGCGCCAAACGGCUGUGUCGAUCUGCGCGGACCUUCGUACGGGAAGCGGCGUCAACUCCUCAAUCCUCCUUAGCGUCAACAGUCUGCAAAAAAUGUUGAACACCAUCAAAUCGGAAGUUGCAGGGGUUCUGACCGCACUAAACGACGUUUUGGGCGACGACGAAACUCUUCGUCGCAUGGCAAUCUCUCGGUUCUGGGACACGCCGGAGCUGUGGGAAGACGAAAGUGGAGAAGACCGUCGAAACAGCGGGCACCGAGCAAUCAAACACGAGAUUGAGAUGCUUCUUGGCUGUUACUCGCAGGAGGCUGAUGCAGUGCUCAAGAAUGUGAAAAGCAUUGACGAAUACAUGGAUGAUUCCCUCGCGAUGAUUGAACUCCACUUGGGGAUGCAGCGAAACUUUCUGUUGAAGACAGAUGUGUGGAUGACAGCGCUUGCGACUAUUACUGGGUUUUUUGCUCUGGUCCCUGGUUUCUUCGGGAUGAACAUUCAUCAUGGUUUCGAGAACAUUCCCGCCAGUGCGACAAUUUUUUGGAGCAUCGCCGCAGCGAUCUUCAUGGGAACCAUCAUCACGGGAAUCGUUGUCAGUUGUCUUCUGAAAAGGCUGAGGAUCUAG